ACCAAUGGGGAGGCGGCGGAGGCGGGACUGGAGGCCGCAGACACACAGCAGCCACUUUGUGUCGAGGAGAGGGAGAGGGGACACAGUGUGUGUUGGGGGCACAAUGCUGUCCUAUGUGAUUGGGGUGCUUAAAUCAUUACUGUCGGGAGUGAUUGAUUUUCUUCUGAAACUAUUUAAUCUUAAAGCAAGCGGUCCACCAAUCACACUUGAGGAUCCAAACCUCAAAUAUCCUUUAAGGCUGAUUGAUAAAGAAAUCGUAAGCCGUGACACACGAAGAUUCCGCUUUGCUCUUCCCUCUCCACAGCACACUUUAGGUUUGCCUAUUGGACAACACAUUUACUUAUCUGCAAGGAUUGAUGGCGAGCUUGUUGUCAGGCCAUACACACCCGUUUCCAGUGAUGACGACAAGGGAUGUGUGGAUCUUGUAGUUAAGGUCUACUUUAAAGGAGUUCAUCCGAAUUACCCUAAUGGAGGUAAGAUGUCACAGUACCUGGAGAGCUUGAGACUGGGGGACACUAUUGACUUCAGAGGGCCCAGUGGAUUGCUUGUCUACAAAGGCAAAGGCCGGUUUGCUAUUCGUGUUGAUAAGAAGUCUGAGCCAAAGAUCAAAACGGCAAAAUACCUGGGAUUGAUUGCAGGUGGAACUGGCAUAACUCCUAUGCUGCAGCUGAUCAGAGCAGUUGUAAAGGACCCAAACGAUACUACUGUCUGCCACUUACUAUUUGCUAACCAGACUGAGAAAGAUAUUCUUUUGCGAACUGAGCUGGAAGAUAUUGAGGCUGAACAUCCCCAUCGUGUCAUAAUCUGGUAUACUUUGGAUAAAGCACCUGAAGGCUGGAAGUACAGUGAAGGCUUUGUGAAUGACGAGAUGAUCAGCAACCAUCUGCCACCACCUGGAGACGACGUUCUAAUUCUGAUGUGUGGUCCUCCACCAAUGAUACAGUUUGCGUGCAACCAAAACCUUGAUAAACUUGGCUAUAGCCCAAAUAUACGUUUUUUAUAUUAACACCAAUGGAAGAGGGUCCUCUUUGUCAAAGAGGAAAAUACGAUUCAUGGCUAAUGUUACUGUUAUGUUUAUAUAAUGCAAGUUGGAGGUCAAAAUGUCUGCAUGCUUUUCAAUUACAAAUUGUGCAGCAACACAGUGCUAUUUUGAAUUGUGCUUAUUCUGCAUUGCAGUGUUUGACUCUGGGUAAACAACUCAUUUUAAGCUAAUAGAUGAUGAAUGUUGAUGUGUGAUCAGGGUUGCGUCAGGAGGAUUUUGAAGUUCGGCAGUGACUGGGUUUCUUGAGAUACAAUGCUACAUAUUCAAGUUCUGUUCCUAAAGUAUGCAAAGCGAGAAAUCAUAUAUGCACCAGUUAUAAUUCCACAAAGCAGUUAAAGUAAAUUCACACUCAUUUGGUUUCCUACACUUUAUAUGCAAGGGAGACUGUUGUAUUUGAUUUGUUGUAAAUUUUGCAAACAUACUCCAUAUAUUCUACAUUAAUUUUGCAUGCAAACCUAUCUAGGAAAGGUAUACAAGGAUGUAGAUUACACAAGUGUUUUUUUUCUGUACCAUCUUCUAAUACCACUGUAAAAGCAUAUGACGAUUUGCAUAUUCUUAUUUCUAGUAUGAUGUUACAACAAAUAAUAUAAAAAGUCAAUGUGUUUUUCUUA